AUGAGACUGCUACCUUCUCUGUUACCCUCAACAAAGGCUCAACUUCGACACCACGAAGAAAGUACAUCCGUUGCAAAGCCAGAGUACAAUGAACUCUUACCGUACGGAAUUCGUGGUUUCGAGGAUCGAGGUCUUGGUUUGCUACUGCAGUUGUCAGUCGAGAUUGAAGCAUACAUCAAACGUGGACAAGAUAGAGGCUGGUUUUAUGCACCACAAGCAUCACAGUUGCAGACCCAGCUCAAUGCGAUAGUCACAGCAUACAGCAACUUGGAGACGAUACAUCUGACGCCAAUAGCUGUCGCUUCCCUCAUACACCUCCAGCAAGUUUUGGCCUUAUUUGGAAUAGUGUUACCUUUCGGUAUCGUUGCUCAGAUGCAAUGGUAUGCCAUUCCAAUGACAGCCGCGAUCAUGUUUACAGUGUAUGGCAUCGAGGCAAUUGGAGCUCAGCUGGAGGAUCCGUUUGGCUAUGACAAGAAUGAUAUCAAGGUUGAUGCUAUAGUGGAAGACUUGAGGGUUGAGACGAUUGUGCUUUUGGAGGAAUGGAGAAGUGGUAGUGUCACAUUUCCACAGAACAAGCUGACGUAA